AUGUCAAACAUCUUGAACAUUAGAGGUGAGCCGAUUUUUGACGACAGCAUCGUUAAGAUUGAGACUCAUACGUACAAUCUGUACGCCAACACCACGUUUAGAUACAGCGACGAAAUAAGGAUACCCAUACAACAGCAGGAUUUAUACACGUUGCCAUGUGAAAAUUUUCUCUACGUCAAAGGAAGAUUGGUGAUGAAGAAAUACGAUAAGGAUAAGGAUAAAGAUGAGAUAAAUCUCGGAAAUAAUUGCGUUGCGUUCAUGUUUGAUGAAAUUCGAUACAAACCCAACGGUGUGGAAAUAGAUCGCAACAGAAACGUUGGAAUAACCAGCACCCUCAAGAACUAUGUAUCGUUAUCAUGUGACAAAGCAGUAAUUAUACAGAAUGCAAGAUGGGAAUUUUUGUACAACCUACCGAAAGGAUACUUCAACUUUUGCAUACCGCUUAGUGUAUUAUUGGGCUUUUGCGAAGAUUACAAACGCGUGAUUGUUAAUGCUCGUCACGAUUUGAUUUUGAUACAAGCGCGCAACAAUAAAAAUUCUAUCGUUGAAAAUUCUACAGCUCAACCAAAUUGA